AUGAACAAGAAUGAUGCGGCUAUCGAUCUGAAAGAGCCCGGGCAUACGACUGCAAGAACACUACCAUUGGCGAAUCAUGAAGCUGCAUUAAUGGAAACGACACCACCAAAACAAGAGAUGAGUCUCACAACACCCGACGAUGAAAAUCCUUCUGGACAACAGUUGUCAUUGUGGGGCUUGGUGCCCGUUACGGCUGCUCUUUGUGCGACAUUGUUUUGCAUGUCCUUGGACGCAACUAUUCUUGCAACGGCUAUUCCCAAAAUCACUACUCAAUUUAACUCUCUGGAUGAUGUUGCUUGGUAUGGCAGCGCGUAUCUAUUUGCUACGUGUGCUGUGCAAUUGAUGUUCGGGAAGCUCUACACCUUCUAUUCAUCCAAAUGGGUAUUUCUGACUGCUCUCUUCAUCUUUGAAUUAGGCUCGGUAGUCUGUGGUACUGCACCAACAUCUACAGCUCUUAUUAUUGGGCGUGCUGUAGCAGGCUUAGGGGGUGCAGGUCUCUUUUCAGGAGCCCUGAUUAUUGUGAACACGCUAGUCCCACUGCGUAUACGUCCAAUCUAUAUAGGCCUCGUUUCUAGUAUGCAUGCAAUUGCCAGUGUGGCUGGUCCAACCAUGGGUGGUGUGUUGACGGACCGACUGACCUGGCGAUGGUGUUUUUACAUCAACCUACCCUUCGGCGGCUUUGCCGUCUUGAUGAUAUUUUUUUGUCUUCCAUCCAGCUCAUUUGCUGUGAAUAAGCUUGGUUGGAAAGAACAACUGAAGCACUAUGACUUGCCUGGGACAAUCGUGUUGAUUCCGUCUAUCAUUUGCUUAAUCCUUGCUUUGCAAUGGGGUGGAUCCACAUACCGUUGGGGCAAUGGUCGGAUAAUAGCCCUUUUCAUCAUAGCUGGCGUACUUUUCACCGUGUUUAUUGGUAUCCAAAGUUGGCAGAGGGACCAAGCCACAAUACCCAUGCGUCUCCUGAAAAACCGCAAUAUCUGGGGCGCUGUCUGGUACGGAAGUCUUGUCAGUGCUGCAAUGUUUAUCGUUACGUACUAUCUUCCUAUCUGGUUCCAGGCUGUCAAAGGUGAAAGUGCCGAGCAAUCUGGAAUUCAUAACCUUCCCAGUAUGAUAGGACUAGUAAUAUUCGCGAUCAUCGGAGGCAUCACCGCUUCAGCCAUCGGUUAUUAUACACCAUUGAUCCUCUUGUCAUCGGCAAUCUCCGCCGUCGGUGCAGGCAUGCUAAGCACACUAAAACCCGAUUCUGGCAUCGGAUAUUGGUUUGGGUACCAAUUACUCCUCAGUGCAGGAAUGGGCAUCGGUGCUCAAAACAUGAUGCUGGUAACAUCAGUGGCCGUCGAUAAAUCAGACAUGCCCAUGGCUACCUCCAUCUUGACUUUUACUCAGAUCUUGGCCAGUGCGAUCAUUCUCCCGGUUGGUCAAGCCGUAUUUCAAAACCAGCUGGUUACCAACUUUGAAUCGAUGCUCCCAGAUGCCAAUACUGCAUUGGUUGUAGCUAGUGGCGCGACGGGUUUUAGACUGAUCUUAUCUGCUGAUCAGUUAUCUUUGGGUAUGAGAGCGUAUAAUAAGACGCUCUGCCAGACUUUUUAUGUGGCAGUUGCUACUAGCAGUAUGUCUAUUGUUGGGCCUAUUUGUAUGGAGUGGUUAUCACUGAAAGCUGCAGUGAAGGACCAAGAGCAAGCAGUUGAGAAGAGGAAGGUCGAGGUUAAUGGCGGGGAUAGCCAGGCGGAUGUAACUCAAGCCACUAAUUAUGAACACUUAUGA